AUGAGACUCGUCAACGUCAACACUCUCGAACUGACCGAGUUUCCCAACGAUGAAGCACCAGAAUAUGUAGCAGCCUCUCACCGGUGGAUGAACGGAGGCGAGACGACGUUCAGAAAUUUCAUGAAGAAACGAGACAGAGAUGGUGUCGGUUACAAAAAAGUCGAAGCCUUCGCUACGUAUGUGCGAAACCACGUUCCUGAUGUGGAAUGGUUAUGGAUCGAUACCUGCUGUAUCAACCAAGACAGCGCGGCCGAGCUUUCAGAAGCGGUGAACUUGAUGUUCGAAUGGUAUCGAAACUCGCAUAUCUGCAUUGCGUAUCUCGCGGAUGUCGCCGAUGCGGGCGACCUUGGGGAAAGUGAGUGGUUCAAAAGGGGUUGGACGCUACAGGAGCUAGUUGCGCCUCGAACGCUUAUCUUCGUCACGAGGGUGUGGGAGCUGUUGGGAUUCAAGGGGUUGCGAAGUGACGCGGUGAACGUUGGCCCGAAUCUAGAUCGAGACGUUGAACAGAUCACAGGCAUUCCCUUGCAGGCGCUUUCGGACUACAAGACAAGUCUGGGCUUCAGCAUCGAUGAGAGAUUGAAGUGGAUGGAAGGAAGGACCACCACGCGAGAGGAGGAUAUGUCCUACGCUCUCUACGGGAUCUUCGGAGUCACACCAGGGGCGAAUUACGGGGAGCGAAAGGCUGGAGCAAGAAAUCGUCUCCUUACUGCUAUCUCUCAACUUCAAGAGCUGGGCCACGCGAGGAACAACGAAAUACCAAAGCCACAAGAAGAACCCCGUCGAGUGUCUAUGCACGCGAACACGCUCCGCUUCAUGAGACGAUCCAUCAAAGACCGCAGCGCCGAAUCCGGCUGGACUCUAGUCGACGAAUUCGACUGUCCACCAGACAGCGUCGACGCAAACCUCAAACUCUUCGCCGGCGGCACUUUCAUGGCCGAGUACACAGGCGAUCCGUCCACAAAGCUAUACCUCACCCUUCCCAGCUCUGAAGGCGACAACCGCGCCGACUGGACCAUCAUCGCCCCCAACGCAACCUUCUACCCGGGAAAGCAUUCGGGGCACCUCAUCUUCCCCUCCGACUUUCCCUUCCGCCCUCCUUCAGUCUACUGGGACACACCACUGCUGAGUCCCUUCCCGCGAGACGGUCGAUUCAGCGGCGAUAUCUACGACGUCUGGUCCCCCGCUUCGCGAUCCGUGCUGAUGGUCGUCGAGACCAUGGCGUCUCUCGUCCUGAGAUCUCCUGAGGAGGUUAAGACAUCGACGUUGAAGGGGGAUUUCGUGUUGCAUACGUUGCCGAAGUACAGAGGGGGGGAUCUCCCGACGGGUAGAGGCGAGGAAGAUUGGUUCCGGCAGUGUACGCAAUUCUUCUGUCGCGCUUACAACCGGAUCGAUGACGGCGAGGACGAGGCUGUGGAUCAAAACGGCCAGAACGUCGCCCUCACGAACUAUCAUCGGGAGAUGUCCUGCCAAGCGGUGAGGAGCUUCACAAACCACAUUCUAGUAGAUUUUUGCGAAGCGCGGGGACCUUUCCUGGUGGAUGGACUUGAAGUUGACGAGUACUUUGCGAGAAUUGACACGCUGGAAGCAUGGUCCGCGGCAGAGAAGAGAUGGGCGAAAAUGCUGGACGAGAAGAGCGGAUGGAUGGUUUCUCAGGAUCGUGGCGGAGGGAAUAUGAAUGCUUUGUAUUGGAUGUGA